ACGGGUGAAACGUCCUAAACGUCCUAAACCUCCUAAACCUCCUAAACGUGCUAUCGAUUAGGCCGUCUAUCGUUAUCUGAUCCAGGGGAUUCGUUCUCGCAUUCUUCCGACCUCGAACCAGGAGCAUCCCAUUUUCAACCUCCAAAGAUUUAUAAGUUUGAUUUCUCUCCUUCUCCUUCCUCAUUCUUCUUUUAUCGGCUUAGUCCUCUCGAUCCUCUCGAAAACUUGAUAAUAUCAUUUGCGACACGAUGGCAGACGACACCAAGGCCGCGACGUACUCGACCGACCCCGCUCUAUAUAUCUACACCUCUCUUACGGCCGGUUCCUCUCACAUCGUGACGGCUACUUCGCGAUUAGAGACUAUCCUAAGAGCCAACAAGGUGCCAUUCAAAGCUCUAGAUAUUGCUAUUGAUGACAAGGCACGUAUGAUAUGGGGUCGAAGGGCUGGCAAAGAUGCAUCUGGACGACAACGCAAGCUUCCCGGUCUAGUACAGAUGGGCAUGGUUCUAGGCGAUCUAGUAGAGAUCGAGGAGUGGAACGAGUACGGCGAACUGAAACAAAAUGUCACCAUCUACUACGACGACUUCACCAUCCCGCCCAAGAGCCAGGCACCUCCACCACCUGCCCCUAAAGUUAAGAAGCCAGCCGCCGCAUCAACCCCUACCCUUGCGACGGGCGCUCCCGCACCACCACCGCCUGCGGCACCUCCGCUACCCGAAAACGAUAAGACGAAAGCGGCAGCAGCGUCAUCGACAAGCAAAUCCGGAGUAGCAGCCAAAGCAGCUAGCACCGCCGAACCCGUCCGUAGUAUUGCUGAGGAGGCCGCGGCGAAAGCGAAGCAGGUGCAUCUGGACAGCUUGCGAGCUAAGGUCUACGGGAAGAAAGAUAACGACGCCAAGGAGAGCGAGGAUAUUAAGAAGUCAGAUGACAAAGACACCAAGGAGAGCAAGGAGGAGCCUAAGGAAGAGCCCAAGGAAACCAAAGAGUUGGAGAGCAAGACUACCGAAAAAUCAGAAACCGAGGAUAUUAAGAAACCAGAUACCCCUGAAGUAAUGGACGUCAAGGACGUCAAGGAUGUCAAGGAUACGAAGAAAACAGAUACCAAAGACACCAAGGAGGCCAAGAAAGUAGACAGCAAGGAUGCUAAGAAACCCGAGAGCAAAGAUACCAAGAAGCCCGACACCAAGGAUGUCAAGAAAGUAGAAAAGAAGGAUACUAAGAAACCAGACGCCAAAGAGGUCAAGAAGCCAGAAACCAAGGUCAUUAAGAAGACGGACACCAAAGACGUUAAGAAAUCCACCGCCACCGCCAGUACUAGCUCCAGUGCUAGGAAGGCUACUACUACUACUCCUACUACCACUACAGCCUCGUCCAGGGCUAGGGCGGCAGCGGCAGCGGCAGUAUCCAAGCCUAAAGUAACGACUUCCAAAGCAACCCCCUCGAAAGCGGCCCCUUCGAAAGUAGCCCCUUCGAAAGCAACUCCUUCGAGAACAAUUCCUUCGAGAGCAACUCCCUCAAAAGCUACUCCUGCCACGACGAUCCCUAAAACAGUCCCGAUCAAGCCUAAGACUACGACUACAUCAUCUAGAAUUACUUCUACACUACCUAAGCCUAAGUCUGCGAUGUCUACCCGCUCAGCAGCUGAAAAGCUAAGCAAGCUGAAGAUAUCGGACAAAGAUAAGGAAAUACCGGCAGGCGAAGCGGCCAUACGGUCGCCAACGGCGGCGUCAUGGCGCGAGACUACCCCGACGGAAGAGGACGUGCUGCGCCCCAUGUUGCAAAGCCCGACGACUGGGUCGUGGAGGGCAGAUGGUACCGGCGCGACUCCUAACAUAACCGAGCUUCUCCACGGUGCCGUCGUGGAGGAGGUGUCUCUCGAGGAAAUCGCCGAGAUUGAAAAGGCCGAGGCGAUUCCCGAGGCGACGAGUUCGGAGGAGGAAGAUAGUGAAGAUGAGGAGGGGCACGAUGACGAUGAAGAGGAGAAAAAGGAGGGCGAGGACGAAGAGGAAGAGGAAGAAGAUGAUGAAGAAGAUGAUGAAGAGGACGACGACGACGACGAUGACGAAGAAGAGGAGACGGAGGAAGAGGAAGGCAAGGGAAAGGGAAAAGUUGAAGCAAAGAAAUAACCAAUCAACUUUAUAGUAUUCAAUACGUCGACGAUGCCGGCGAGUUUUUCACUCUUCACUUAAUACUGCUUUUCAGCAGACAAUAGGGGCCGGGGGUGCUAAUUAGAUACCAAAUUUGCGAAGAGAAGACAAAAUACCUAAAUAAAGACUUAUCGAUUAUCUUGAUCCGCGAGAACGUUAAUAGCGGUACACAGUAUUUAUUAUUGCAUCGACGAGGAUGGGAAUACUUCUUU